AUGCACCUUGCUUUGCAAAACAACCAAACUCAAGUGGUGCUCCAGCUACUUGAUGUGGAUAAAGACCUUGUUCGUGUCCAAGGAAGGGAGGGUGGGACUCCUUUGCAUUACGCAGCUCAAACAGAAGAACUUGAUCUUUUGGCUGAAUUUAUAAAAGUCUGCCCCAAAUUUAUUGAAGAUGUAACAAUUCAUAGAGAGACUGUCCUGCAUAUUGCCCUCAAACACAACAUGUUCGAUGCUUUUCUCCUCUUGUUGGGAUGGCUUCGGCGGGCCUGGUUUAAAAAUGCCUCAUUGUGGGAGAAGAAGUUACUGAAUUGGCAGGAUGAGAAAGGCAACACUGUGUUGCACAUUGCUAUUGUACGAUUGAUAUUGAAUUUUAAGUCCUUCUUCCGCUGUAAAGUUGACAUAAGCACCAAGAAUAUCAGGGGUUACACCACGUCUAACAUGUUACAAGGAAAUACACCUGACAAGCAAAACCAACAGAUCAAGGACAUGCUACAUUGUGCCAAAUGUUUUAGUAUCUUCUAUCUUUCGAGAGUUGAAUCUUUUGCAGACUACUUGAAAUCUCCAGUCCAAAUUGACAAGAAGAUGUACAUAUUCUUUCUCCGUCAAAGAACAAAAAUGACAAAUGACACACGCAAUAUCUUAUUGGUGGUUGCUGCGCUGCUUGCAACAGUCACCUUUCAAGCAACCCUCAGCUCCCCUGGCGGACUUUGGCAAGAUAACAAGUUGGCCGAUACCAUUGCCCCCAUCGGUGCUAUUGUUGAAGAUGCACACUAUACGGGGAUAGCAAUCAUGGAUGAAUACCUUUUCGUUGUACUUGCGGUUUUAAAUGUGAUAUCCUUUUUUAUAACAGUUUUUACCAUAUUCGUUCUCCUCCCUCGAAGUGGUUUGUUCUUCCUACCCCUUUAUAUCUUCUCUCUGUGUUUUGUCGCGUCAUUAUUGAUCACAUCUCCAUUAGACUUCGUUUCUGGGUUACAUGAUCUGGAGGUAGUUGCUUUCAUGUUUUCUCCUCUGUUGGUUCCAGUUUUGGAAGGCAUUGUGAGGUUUAGGCGUAGGAAACUUUUCAAAGCCUUUCUACCCAAAGUCAAAGUGCUUGACCCAACUCUUACAUAG